AUGGGUCCAAAAAAGAAGGCAAAAACUACCAUACCACACUUGAGAAGACAAUCUACUAGACUACAAGCUGUCCAUAGCGAGACACAAUCUGAUAGAGCGGCCCAUUCAUUACCCUCUGUCGAUGGGUCACCCCUUUCCAUUAAUAGGAUGGUGGAGUCAUCACCAUCUAUAGAUUGUCCUUCACAGCCAUCAUUAUCUUCACAGCAAGAGACCCAACCUUCUCCAUCUAGCCAAAUGGGAGGACAACUAUCCACACAUACGGAGAUGAGAAGAGAGACCGAGCCAUGCACAUCUAUACCAGUAGCACCUAGUUUAGAAGCAGAAAAUGUCGACUUGUGUUUCGACAUUGGAGAUCGCUUCGUCGUCGUCGUAGAUAGUAAUGGCAAUCGAGUAAAGAGACAAUUGCACUCGAUUCCUGAUAUUUGGCAUCUUCCAGAAGGGGAGCGCAUUGAAAUGAAGCUUAAUCUUCUUGGUCAACCUAUAAAAAAGCAAGACUCAAAGGUGGUAAGGUUUGGUGGUCUGAUAGCGAGAAGUAAUAAGUUGGUUCCAAUAAUUUACAAAGAUUGGAGGUCGGUGCCUACUACCGUGAAGGAGGAAGCGUGGGGUCUUAUAAAAGUAUGA